AUGGAAGCAUGGACAAAAUUAAAGAGAAUACCAUUAAAAAUAAUAGGUCAAUGUGGAAAGUGCGAUAACUAUGCUGCUUAUUAAGUUAAACAUGAACUAUGUUAGACUGAUUAUUUUUUAGAUAUGAAUGGAUUUGUAAGAUGUUCUAAGAGAUUGAUUUCAACUCCAAAAGAUAAAUGUUGUAAAUUGAGACAUAUUACUGAUUAAAUAUUUGUUUGUCCAUAUUGCAAAGGAAAAUUUCAAUUAAAUUAAUUUCAUAAGUUUAUUCAAGCAAUAAUAAAAGGUUUAGAUUAUGGUAAUUUACCAUUAGAAUCUAAAGAUAUCUUAUUAUUUUUUAAAAGAGUUUUUGAAGAGUUUUCUAAAAUUUAUUAUAAUUACUAAGUUCUUUAACUUAAGGGACAUUCUGAAUCUCCAUUUGUAUGA